AUGGGUUCAAUAGUGAGUUGCUAUUCUUAUGCACUCUCAACGAUUGAGAGUUUGUCACAGUGGAUCACAUUCACCGCCGUGGUCUGCUGCCUUGUGACCACUAUCACAUUGGUGUUGGGACUCGGCAUCGGCCUUGGAUACAAUUACUGUUUUGUUGAAAUGGUGACAAAAUACAAAAUUGCUCCAGCUCGUUACUUACAUCCAGAUGAUUCUGCAGAUUGGUCUUAUCAAGCAGAACAAAAUGCAGCAAAUCCCGAAAAUACGUUUAAGAAUGUACCACAUAUGCUAAGAAUAACGGAAGAUGCCGAAAUGUUUAAAGAAGUAAUUGAAAGUGAACGUCAACACGAUCAGAAUAAGCAAAAAUAUAUAUUCCACUCUAUUCCACCCGUGACAAUCUCUCCAGAGGGUACAAUGUUGCCUAAUAUUGAAGAAACACCAAAUUUGACAACUCUUGCGAUUAAUAUUACAGAUUCCUAUGGCAAUAGCACAGAAACAACUACAAAUAUGUUUUCAGUGUCUAUUACUAACGGCUCCGAAGUCAAAGAUAUAGACUUGAAAAAGCCAACGCCCAUAUCUCCUGCAGGUUUGUUAACUUUGCUGGCGAAGUUAAGGGCUGAGAACAAGAAUUACACUCUACAAAUCAUUACAACUUAA